CAAUUAGGUACUUACGUAUCUGUAGGUUUACCAUUUAAAACCGCCGCGCCAUCUAUGGGUAGUCCAUGAAAACGGCACUCAAGUGGCAAAGGCCAGCGCUGGUUCCAACACGAGCCAGAACGUGGGACCUUACUACGUGGGUGACACCGUCCACCUCGCUUGUGUGGCUUAUGGAGGCAAGCCCCUAGCUUCAUUGUCAUGGUGGACAGACCAGCGGUUUUUGAAGAACACUUUAACGCCGCUGUCAGAGCAUCGAGUGCGCGGUGACCUGAUAUACGGACCCCUUCAAAGAGAGGAUCAUGGCCGAGUCUUCUCGUGCUUAGCUAAAAACAACGAGAUAAUCGCACCGCUGUCCAUAGACAUCACCAUAGAUAUGUACUUGCCGCCUGACUUGGUGUCCCUGCGGAGCGAGGGUCCGGACUCGGACGGGUCGACGGGCCGGGUGCGUGCGGGCGAGGCGCUGUCGCUGCAGUGCCGCGUGCUGGGCGCGCGCCCGCUGCCGCCCAUCGUGUGGCGGCUCGCCGACAAUCAACUGCUCAACUUGGAGCAGAAAAUUACUAUGGAGCCCUCCCAGCGGCUCGUGGUGAGCGACAUCCAGCUAACGAUAGACCGGAAGUACGAUGAGUCGCACAUUACAUGCUGUGCGCCCGCGCAUCGCCGCAACUCGGAACAAUUCGUAUGCGCCCAGCCACUACCCCUCACCGUGUUAUAUCCUCCGAUACUGGAAAUCGUGGUGACUGACGCAAAUGUAGAGAACAACACGGUCACAGUAAUCAAAGGAUCCAACUUGUCACUAGCGUGCAGCUAUCAAGCCAACCCUGACGUUUACGAACUUCUCUUCUUUCAUAAGGAAGACAUGAUAGUUAACGCUGACAAAGACAGUAAAGGAAAUAUUCAGCAGUUUUUAGAAAUUAAAAACGUCACCGAGGCCGACGGCGGCGAAUACGCAUGCGUCGCGAACAAUAAUGAGGGAUCUACGUACAGCGAACCGAUCAACAUCGAUAUUAUUUACCCCUCCUACUGCGAAGAUGAUGCGAUAAUGGAAUACGGUGUUGGAGCAAACGAAGCGGUAAAUUUGACUUGCAAUGUGAAAAGUAACCCCGCGCCAAAGUCAUACCGCUGGAUUCUAGUCAAUGAAGCUGUGAAUAUUAGCACUCUAAGAAAUCGUCCGCACGAAUCUGUUGAGACUGAAGAUUCAGUACUGUUGUACCAACGACCCAACGAAACUGAUUACAGUACAAUUUUUUGUUGGGGACAAAACGAUGUGCCCUCUAAAGGGUUAAUUCAUACUCCCUGCACCUUCUUGGUGACCGGAGAAACGAUACCUCGACCGCCCACUAAUUGUGAAGCUAAGAAGAAUUCUAUGAAUGACAUCAUUAUCGCGUGUGAAAAAGGGCACGAUGGAGGAUUACCUCAGAAAUUUAAAUUCACCGUGCAAGCAGUGGAUACUGAAGAAGAGUUGGUAUCAAUAACUAAUUUGGAACCGAAGUUUAUGAUACAAGAACCGAGUUACGAUAACUAUAAGUUCGUGAUCAUAGCUUUCAACGAUAAAGGAGAAAGUCAAGUUGUAGAGGUUGAUAAGGACAGCAUAGUGAGUGAAGGAAUCGCUCCGCCGGUAACAGUGAGCAGUGUAAGGAAUAUAACGACACUAGCGCUAGCACUUUGCGGCGGCGUGGCGCUGGUGGCGCUGGCUGCGUGCGGCCUCGUCCUCUGCACCUACGAGCGCUCCUCACGCCUUGACCUGCCACGUGACCUCUCCGACCCACCACUCUGUGCUUAUAAUACCGAAGAAUCAAACUGUGAAACAUAUCACGACAGCGAUGAAGGUAGCGAAUGCAACGUCAGACGGACGGAUUCGUUCCGACGAGCAGUAUCGCGACACUCCUCCAAGAACUUCGAUGUGCGUCGGACUAGUUCAUUCCACUCAGCGCGUUACAUGCACGACAUGGCCGACCAAGAGGCGGUGAGCAAGUGCAACGAGAUACCUCGACACACCACCUGCAGGGUGCACUCUUUGCAGAAUAUUCACAGAAAGAAAGAAAUGGACGCAUUAUGUGAUCACCUAGUACUGCAUCUACCCCCUGAAACUAAUUACAACGUUCCGAGACCGAUGAAUACAUUCUAUACGAUGCCAAGGAAAAUGCGACACAAACUCGCCAAAGAACUUAGUGACGAGGCUUCCGAAAUAACACAAAAUUCUGAUGGAUUUUCGUUGCCACCUCCACCGGACGAAUUCGGUACUUAUCGUGCGGGAACCAGAAUUAAAGACAUUCCGACUAAGACAACGCCAACUUACACAACAGUCAUAAGAAAGAACUCUACAGGGAGAGAUCCCACUAAACAUCAGCAGUAUAAUAACGCGGUCUCUACAAUGAAUACUGUGGGGCUGCCCACGGUCAGUGGAGGCCAGCAUAGCGGAGUGUACUCUUACCCAGACGAUGAGCACCAUCCAUCUCAUCAGCAGGUAAAUACAAACCCUUUCGACGAAGACUCCUCAUAG